AUGUUUGGGCAGAAGAAAGUAGUCAACCAGUCAGCUAAUCAGAUAAAGGCGCUACUCGACACAACUACAGAGUGUAUUAACAGCUUGAAAAAUCUGAAAAUCACCACCGACUCUUGGGAUCCUGUAAUAGUGUUUUUGAUUGGACAAAAAUUGGAUACAGAGUUGUUAAAAGACUGGGAAGAAUAUGCACUUAAGGAGAAUAAUGAAGACAUGCCUACAUGGGAAGAAAUGCGGAAAUUUCUAGAAUCUAAAUUCCGUACUCUUGAAUUAAUCGCCCCGAUGGCAACGUCUCAACAGAAACCUCAAGCCCACAAGUCAUUUCACGUCACCGCACAAAAUGACGAAGAAGACAACUGUGACAUAUUCCAAGCUGCUCACGCCAAUGUAUCAUCACACCCUACAUGCACAUAUUGCAACGGCAGUCACUACAUAUUUAACUGCAAGGAUUUCGCUAAACAGACAGUAACACAAAGGCAGGACCAUGUGAAGAAAAAUCGAUUAUGCUACAACUGUCUAGUACCGAAUCAUAUGGUAUUCAGAUGUAAACAAAAAACAACAUGUCGACUCUGUAAGAAGAAACAUCAUUCUCUAUUACAUCAAGCCAGAGAAACAAAUCAAUACAAGGAAGAACAAUCACAAAUACAACCACAAGUUCAAUCGGAGAACCAACCAGAACCAACAAUAACAACUGCACACUUCUCAAGAAAACACACUGGUCAUGAUGUGUUAUUAGCCACAGCACAAGUAGAAAUCAAAUCGAGAAAUGGAGAAACACACAUACUUCGUGCGUUGAUUGACCAGGGAUCAGAGGCUUCAUUCGUAUCAGCAAGAGUAGUAGAACUGUUGAACCUGCAAAAAACGAAUAUAAACGGUGUAGUCUCUGGAGUAGGAGAAGGAAGUCAAAUAGCCUUGAAGCACCUUGUUGACCUAUCAAUUACGCCACGACAUGCGAAACAACCAAUUCAUGUAAAGGCUUAUGUCUUGAAGACGAUAUCUACAAGAUUACCGUCAAAACACAUCAACAUGAACUGGCCACCAGAGCUCCUAACUAUAGAAUUGGCUGACCCUACCUAUCACACACCGGGCAAGAUAGAUUUGUUGCUCGGCGCCGACGUCUUUUGCAAGAUAAUAGAAGACGGUUUGGUUAGAUUAGCAGAUGGUAUAGUAGCUCAGAAAACUAGUUUGGGGUGGAUACUCUCAGGUCAAAGGGCUGAUACAACAACCAUUAAUUCACACAAUGUAGUGACACUACAUAUUACAAGGAUGGUUGUAGAAGACAAUGAGAUGUUAAGAAGAUUUUGGGAGUUAGAGUCUGCGUUGUACAAGAAAAAGAAGAUAUUAACAAAAGAGGAAGAAAAGUGUGAAGAGAUAUAUUCAAAUACUACAAAAAGAGACGAAAGCGGAAGAUACAUAGUACAUUUACCUCUUAAACAAACCAUAGAAGAAACUAUCAACAUAUGUGGAGAAACAAAACAACAAGCUGUAACCAGAUUUAAGCACUUAGAGAAGAAAUUUGAAAAAUCAGACAAAUUGAAAACAGAGUAUAAAAAGGUUAUUGAAGAAUACAAGGAAAUGGGUCAUUUGAGAAAAUCCGAUACACAACACGACAGCAAUGCAAUAUACUUGCCUCAUCACGCGGUGAUACGUGAAGACAAGGACACUACAAAGGUCAGAGUUGUGUAUGAUGCCUCUGCCAAAGGUUCUAAUGGACAUUCUUUGAAUGAGGCUAUGAUGGUGGGGCCGGUAUUACAACCAGAUCUUCGAAGUCUGAUAACAACUUGGCGCACUCACAUGAUAUGUGUAGUUGGAGACAUAAUGAAAAUGUAUCGAAUGAUCAAUAUGACAAAGGAACAUACAAAUUUGCAACGAAUAGUCUGGCGAGAUAAUCAAAAUGAAAAACUGGAAAGCUACAACUUGACAACUGUCACCUUUGGUACAGCAGCAGCGCCUUAUCUGGCAGUACGAACAUUAGCUCAAGUAGCGGAAGAUGAAUCCUUAGAAUAUCCAGAUGCUGCAAAAAUAAUUAGAAAUUCAUUCUACAUGGACGAUUUGAUGGCAGGAAAUGAAAAUGUAGAAAAAACAAAAAAGAUGUGUGAAGAAGUAAGAACAGUGCUGGAAAGGGGAGGAUUUAAAAUGCAAAAAUGGUCAAGUAAUUCAGAAGAAGUUUUAGAAUUUCUACAGAGAGAAGAUACAACGAAAGAUACAAUAGAAAUAAAACUAGACAAGAUUAUCAAGAUUCUUGGAUUGACAUGGGAUAGAAAAAAUGAUGAAUUUGAAAUAACUGUAUACUUACCUCAGAUGACACGUCCUGUUACGAAGAGAUCCAUUCUUUCCGAUGUUGCCCGUUUAUUUGACCCUUUUGGGUGGUUGUCCCCAGUUAUCAUUUCAGCUAAGGUUUUAAUUCAAAAGCUUUGGCUUUGUAGCUUAGGAUGGGACGACGAACUGCCGAUAAAUUUGAGAGAAGAGUGGAUGACCUACAGAGAUAGUCUGAUUCAUCUACAAACCAUAAAGAUACCUAGAUGGUUUAAGACAACACCUUACAAUAACAAAGAUGUACAACUUCACGGUUUCGCAGAUGCAUCUACUCAAGCAUAUGCUGCAGUUACUUACCUUAGGGUAGUAGAAGACCCGUGUGGAGUAACCGAUCUCCCAUCGGGCGCGUCCCCAGGUGGCGGAUAG